CGGCCUGGAUUUGAGGCUAGUGAUGACUAAGAAGAAGCCUAGAAGUGAUCAUCCAAGUAGAGAAGAACUAGAGAAAGAAAUCCGAGAUGAAUAUGAAAAGAGACGUGAUGAGGAUAUCCAAAAAGCAGCUCUCAAUCAUCAGCUCAAAGACGAAUAUGAACAGAAAUUAAAUCAAAUUCGAGAUGAUCACAUAAAGGCUAUAUAUAGCCAAGAAGACUCAGAAACACAAAAAAAGAGGUAGCUCCUCUAUGCAAACAAGUAAGGACGUUGGAGUUAAAAUACCAAAAUGAAGACGAUCUUGUUGGGGAAAUAAUAAAGCACGGCCGGCUCACCAAGCACAUCCCCAGAACAAGGAAAGCAUGAAGAUGAAAUAGGCCAACCACAUCAGAUGAUAGCAGACAUUGAUCAGGAGAAAGAUCACCUCAAGACUGAGCUAGCAGUACAGCAACAACGUGUUCGUGAUAUCCAAGAACUUGAUCACCAGAAGGAGCAGUAUAUGGACAGCUUAUGACCGAACAGCACGUGUCUCGGAGCCUAUCACCAACUGAUGAGUCUGCAUGAAGAUACAGGUCAAUAUAUGGCUGGUGGCAAAAAGGUCAAGCCUCCUAAGAAGGAGAAGAAGGACAAACAGAAGGAUAAGCAGAAGGCUUUGGAUAAAAAUUGUGGUAAAAAGCAGUCGACUGACAUGCCUCCAAUCGGUGCACAUGCCGGGGAUGCUAGCAAAGCUUCAUUGUGGAGGACAGAGGAAGGACAGCACCCAGAGUGAAACCAGCUUCAGCAACCCAGAAAAACAACGCAAAGCAUCCACACACUGGAGGAAGGUUUUUAUCCGGUCCUCGGUUAACAGCCAACAAGAUGCCCAAGAUGUGUUAGCCGUGACUCAAUCUCAUUCCUCACCCCCACAAUUAGCAACAUAGUCCUCAUAUGGAAAUACUGGAGGUGGAGCAGCAGAAGUUGCCGAUUCGUGCUUCACCCCAGACAGUGAAGCAAAUAUCCACUCUCCGACUGGACCCUUGAGAAGCGAACUGAUGAGCCCCCCUUUCUUGAAUCAUCCUCCAAAUCCCCUGAACUACUAGCAGAUGCACUUGAUGAGACUCCUGUCAAAUCAAAGUACCCGGUGGAACGUACCAGCUCUCCCUUAUCAGAAGAGGAGGAGGAGAACGUCACUACAGGUGCUAGAUACUCCACUCAGACUAGUGAAAUUAGUGAAUCGCAUGAAAGAAUGGAACGUGCUGCACGAAGGGCAAGAGGGACCGAUGCUACUCCACUACUAAAGCAAAUCGCUGACAAUAACAAAUUAAAAGACCAGCUUAAAGUCCUUCGGAAAGAAUUCUCAGCCAAGAGGCAAGAACUUCAGGCUAAGAUGAACGAACGAGAUGAAAAUCAAAAGCUUUCGGAGAUAAAAUUCUAUGAACUCAACGAUACAUUGAAAAAAGUGACUGACGCUUAUCAGACUGAAAUGCAAACCAAAGAAGUAUCAAUGAUUGUGCUCAACAAUGGGAAAAGAAGAGAGAGGUUUUUGAAGAUGAGAAAAUAAAACUUGAAAAUGAGCAAAGAAACACUCAAGAAGCUAUGACGAGAGAAUUGGAGAAACAAGCAAAUAGGCAUAAAGAAGAGUUAAUUAAAGUUCAAAAUCAUUACAAAAAAAAAGUUGCUGUGAGCAACCAGAAACAGCUAACUGCUGAACGCGUGAACGAGCAAGAAAGUUGGAAUUGAAGUAUCAAACUGAGCUAAAGAAAGAACGCAAACAACGCGAUGGCUAUAUUGAAGAAACAAUAGAUCAAGGAUCUUCCCCUGAACAAACGAGACGUAAAGCGAAGGUUGCGGUGGAAAUUAACAACAGGAGAAUGAUUUCCUCAAGACACAGCUGACUGACCAACAACAAUGUGCUCGAUACCUCCAAUCUGAACUUGAACAUCAAAAAGAAGUUUAUGGACAGUUACAGAUACAAGUCUAGGCCAAACAGCAGUCAACUGGUCUACCAACCGUUGGAGAUGCAUUUCAAUACCAACAUGACUUUGAAAAAGAACGUGCUGCUCGAGCACAAGCUGUCGGUACAAAGGAUGCACUGUCUGAUCAAAUCAGAGACUGUAAGGCAGAAGCUGAAACAGAGAAACAAGAAAAACAAGCUGUGAUAGACAAACUUGCAGUAACUGUCACUGAAAAACAACAAAUAGCAAAUCAAAUGACACUAACUGUUGAUCGAACACUAGCUACAAAUCUCCAGGAAAUCAAGAGAAUUAGAGAAGAAAAAAUUCAAUUAAUGGCUCAGAUGGAGCACUUCAGAACAGAAUCGUAUAAGUUACAGCGACAACUGCAAACAGCUGAAGCAACCUAUGAACGUAGAGAAGCUGAGCUAGUACAAGAAGCCGAUGCACUAACGGAUGAAGCUGCUAAAACCCAAGACAAAGUUCAGAUGGCCGCUGCAAUGAAUAUUAGCUUAAAUGAACAACUCGAAAGUGUCACACAAGAUAGAGAUAGUAAACUGAAAAAUCUCGAAAUAUUGGCCAAUGAAAAGGUUUUUGUAGAUGAUCAAUGGACUCGUGAGAAAAACCAUGGUGCAUCAUUGGCACAAGAUCUUGCAGCCAAAGAACAAGAGUUGUCCCAUACAAAACAAAAUUAUGACCGAACAGCAACCGAACUACAAGAUGCUCACCAGAGGCUGGAGGUGUCCGUCGCUGACACAGAACGUCUUCACAAUGAGGUCAUGGUAACGAUGGCUCAAGUGAAGCAGCACAAGAAACAGGCGGACAGUUUCAAAGCCGAAGUAGAGGAGGCCAAUGCUAUACUACUGAAGACACAGCAGGAGCUUCAGCGUUGUCAAGAGCUCAUUAAAACCAUGGAAAUGGACUAUCAGGAUCAGAUUGAGCAAACAAAAGCAGAAGCAAUAAGUAACAAGCUUGCUAUUGAGGACAUGGAUGUAUACAGACAGAUGAUGGAAGAGAAAACACAUCAACUAGCAACACUGCAUCAAGAAUUAACCUCGUGGAAAGCUUCUAACUACCAGAAUAGGGAAAAGAUUGAUUAUCUAGAAAGAACUGCUAUUGAUAGGCAAAGUGUCGUAUCAGGACUAGCGAGUAACGUUAGAAGCCAAAAGCAACACAUCCAUCAAUUGGAGGUUGAGAUUGAGCACCAGAAAGAAACGAAUGGACGCUUGGAGGCUAGACUCGAGAGGCAGGAUGAACUUGCUCCCUACUGUGUCUCACAAGUCCUUUACCUUGGGCAGCAAGAGGGAUCUGGAUCGUAUGGGUCCAUCCACUCCACUCAACUGAAUGGAAUCAACUGCAUUGCUAAACGAGUUCACGACAUUUUUCUUGGUCAUGGAAAUGUAGAGCAGCUAAGUUUAGAAGACAAACGAGCUGCUUACCAAAAGUUUCGCCGUGAGUGUGUGCUGUUGAGUCGAAUGCGCCACCCCAACAUUGUCCAGUUCAUGGGUGUGUCCUACGGGCCACAGAGAGAUUACGGAAGAGAGCUCACACUAGUUAUGGAACAUUUGUACAUGAAUUUGUACGACUGCUUACAUCGCUAUCCCAACAUUGAAAUGUGGUUGAAGAUUUCGAUUCUUCUAGACGUUUCCCAAGGCUUGCUCCACCUUCAUUCUCAAGGUAUUGUUCACCGGGAUCUGACCACUCCAAAUGUUCUCCUCACAACGAGCUUCCACGCUAAGAUUGCUGACCUGGGCGUUUCAAAAAUCAUUCAAGUUCGUGGUACUAAACUUACCACUGCUCCUGGUAAUCCUGACUAUAUGCCCCCUGAGGCACGAACCGAAGUCCCCACCUACGGCUAUGCUCUGGAUAUAUUCUCGUUUGGUGUAAUCAUGCUCUUUGUGUUGACUCAAAAAUACCCGACGCCAUAUGAGGUUCCUUUUACAGUCACUGGCGUUCAACGAAAGGAAAUUCAGAUACAGAAACGAAUGAAAUGGAUCAGUAAACUAUCUCCAGAAGAUCCAAUGAGACAAUUAAUCUGCCGUUGUCUUCAAGAUGAUCCUUAAAGGCGACCAUUAUCUCAAGAGCUCAACUCAACUCUGAUUCGCUUUGCACAGCAGUUCCCAAAACCAUUUGUGGAUACUAUUGAAAUGCGAAGAAAAUGUAUACCCACGACUCCACCCAUACCACUUCCAAGGCAUCUCAGUCAGGGACAGCAAUGACUGUGAUUUUGUAUGAUCAGCUAGAGGUGUGCAAGAUUGUUGUUAAUUAUUUCAUAAUGUG